AUGUGUGCUCAUGAAGUGGUCAACAGUGGCAAGUGGAGCGGCGGUGGCAUUGUUCGGCUGGACUCGGCCCUAGUCAGGCCAUCAGCAGCAGAUGUUGCUAUUAAUUUUCACGUUCUCAAGCCAGUGAUUGAAGAAUUCCCUGACCGAGUUCCUUCGGGCUAUUUCCUGACCGACUGCAUCAUGUGGCUGGACACUUUGUUCAAAGGACAGCUGCUGGUUGGAGCCAACACCAAACUUCAGAUUGCGGCUGAAGAGGGGGUCAAGAUCAAGAAGCUUGUGGGGGCAGUCCGAUCACUAUGGCGAUCGUCGCCUGCUGGCAAUCACCCUCGGGUGACUCAGUUGAAGGGGCUCUUGAGGCCUUCGCCCUCUCGCAGCCGUGAGGAAAAGGAGGGGUCCGAUUGCAGUGACAUCGAGGAGGCCAUGCCAAGUGACGAUGACGAGGUGUCUCCUGUCCCUGUUCAAGAUGGUCAGGAUGAGUCCGAUGAGGCUCAAGAGGACCGUCGCGACCACGACAGUUUGAGCGCGUCAACCCUCCGACUUCCAGGUAGGGUGUUCUGGGCAAGAAAUACGUCGUUCUUGUCAGAAAAGGUUUCAUGGUUUUGCUCUGAGCUAUUUUAA